GAUAGUAUACACAAGCGCAAACCAGCGGUUAUGUCAAUAAGGUUAAGUUUCCUAAGUUCUUCACUGUAAUGCCGUUAGUAACAAUGUGAACACUAACAUGCAAAUACAGAGUAUGAAUUUUUUCCGUUCUUUCUACAUUUUAACAUUACUCGGCCUUAAAAUAACGAGUGGAAUCGGAGAAGGAAAUUUGUUUAAAUUUAACUCGAGAGGGUCCUUUCUGGAUACGAGUUACGGGACAGAUGUGUUCUUCGAAAUUAUACAUCCACCAGAAUUGGAGUACACAUACAAAUUGAAGCCCGCUAAAGAUUUUGGAGUUCCUUUCAAUGCAAGCUUCUUGGAGGAGAAAAUACCUCUGGUUCCAGCUGAACCUCCUCAAGGUUGUCAGAUAGCAAAGAAUGCCAAAGAAUUAAAAGGUAGAGUUGCCUUAGUGGAACGGGGCAAUUGUAGUUUUUUUAUUAAGAGCAUGAUGGUUGAAGAAGCUGGCGCGAAGGCUGUGAUCAUAGCAGACUAUUAUUUACCUACUGUUGAAGAUUCAACAACUAAUCCAUUCUGGGCAGACUAUUAUUAUGUAGAAAUGGCCCGUGACCAUACCAUACCACCCUCGAAAACAGUGAACAUUCCUGCUGGAUUUUUGCUUGGUAAGAAUGGCAAAAUGAUUCGGCAAACACUAAAGCGUUUAAAUCAACCAUUUGCCUUAAUCAAUAUCCCAGUAAACUUAACUUAUACUUCUUUGGAUAAAGUACAUCAACCACCAUGGUUGCUUUGGUGAUCUUCGAUUCAUAUUAAAAGGUGGUUUUAAAAGGGGACAAAUUAAAUAUAAAAACAGUUUAUUAUGGAAUUUGUUUCUCGGUAAAUAACUAAUUGUUAUUUCGAAA